AUGGGGCUUGCCAAAUUUCCUCUCCUCUUCUUCCUCCUCUUGCACCCACUGCUCUCUACUGCAAACCUGCACAAAACAGCCGCUUUCUUCAGAUCACAAUCCAUUUCCGGGCCCACCCCACCACCCGCUCCCAAAACUACUACUCCGACCAGGUACUUUGAAGUCACCAGGCCCAUCCCCCACCCAAAAACCAAACCAUGCUCCUAUUUAGUCCUACAACACCAGUUUGCCUUUACCUACGGCAAACCCUUGGUCAACGUGCCCUAUACACCCGCCUCCCAUUGUCCACCCCAAAAUUACGCCCAAGUCGUGCUCGAGUGGACCGCGACUUGCAAGGGCCGACAAUUCGACCGAAUCUUCGGCGUGUGGCUUGGCGGUGUCGAGAUCUUCCGUAGCUGCACGGCCGAGCCACGAGCCACCAGCAUUGUUUGGACCGUUAACAAAGACAUCACCAGGUACGGUUCUCUAUUAACGACCAACAACAGGCUCGUAGUCGAUCUGCGUAAUGUAGUCGACGCGAAUUACACGGGCAUGUACAAUGCCGCGAUUACUUUCCAUUUUUACCCUUCCGAAUCCGGCCUCCAGCCGAAAGAUCACGCGGCCGCGCCCGCCGACUUCAUCCUUCCCAUUUCUAAAUACACGCCUAAGAACGGUGACGACGGGCCGUGGUUCGAGAUCUACAACUCCACGCAAGUCGAGUCGAAGCAGUUCAAGAUUCCCCAAAACUCGUUCCGUGCCGUGCUGGAAGUGUGCCUCUCGUACCACGAGAACGACGAGUUUUGGUACAGUAACCCCCCGAAUAGCUACAUCUCCGAGAACAAUCUAACAGAUGAGGAGGCCGGGAACGGCCCGUUCCGCGAGGUGAGCGUCUCACUCGACGGGAAAACGUUAGGCGCGGUUUGGCCGUUCACGGUGAUAUACACUGGGGGCAUAAACCCCUUGAUGUGGAGGCCGAUAACCGGGAUCGGCUCAUUGGACCUCCCGUCUUACGACAUCGAGCUCACCCCUUUCCUGGGCUGGAUGUUGGACGGCGGGAGAAAAACUCAUAAAUUAGGCUUCAGUGUGACAAACGCUUUGAAUGUUUGGUAUAUAGGUGCCAAUUUGCACCUUUGGCUGGAUGAAGGGAGUCACCAGACGAGCGGGGGCAUGCUCGAGUACCGAGUGUCGCCCCUUUCUCUGCGUACUUGCCCAAAUAUUACGAGCGGACUCAAUGGAUCGUUUACGACCCGUGCGACUCGAGGGAUUGUGUCUAGGGGAUGGGUUAACUCGUCUCUUGGAAAUAUGACGACCAAAUCGGCACAAGAAUUCGAGUACAGUAACGCGAUGGUGAUAGGAGAUGACGGGGGUUCGCAAACCGUGAAUCAAACAAUAAUUGUGAAGACGAGUGUUAAGAAAGGAAAUGUGCCCUCAAUCGACUCGCACAGAAAGUUCACUCUCUAUCUUUACGAGGAGUCCAUUGACCAAGGCAAAGGGGUUGGUAAGGAGAUUGAUAACGUGACUUUAGGCAUUGAGGAGAAGGGAAAGGAAAGCAAUCUAACGAAUUUCCAAAGCGCGGAUGGGUAUAUGAUUUAUAAUGGCAGCACGUUGGUCAGCGGACUGGCGAGCACCAAGCAAGAGUAUGCAUAUAUGAGUCGAGAUUCGUGUUAUGCCAGAAAUGUGAGCAGUCGGAACUACACGAUUGUGUCUGAUGUGGAGAGCAAGGCCUGCAGGAAACAUUGA